AUGAUGAAAAGGAGAAAAGUAAGAGAAUAUGAAGGAGAUGAAAAGAAUACUGAAGAAGGAAACACUGAAUGGAAACAGAUAAGAGAAGAGGCAGCAUCAGUAGCAGCUGCUCUACUUAGAGUUCGAAGAGCGAGAAAACGUUACAUUGGGGUGAGGCAAAGACCUUCAGGGAGAUGGGUGGCUGAGAUCAAAGACACCAUACAGAACAUAAGAUUGUGGUUGGGGACCUAUGACACUGGUGAAGAGGCUGCUAGAGCUUAUGAUGAGGCUGCACGUUUGCUUCGCGGUCCAAACACCCGCACAAAUUUCUUUCUUUGCCAAUCUUCUCAUUAUGUUCCCACUCUUCCUCCAAAGAUUGCCAAAAUCCUGCUUCAAAGAAUCAAAACCAGAAACACUGCCUCUUAUAUUCCUGCUAGUGCAGCUCCUUUUCCAAUUAACCAUUGCGAUGAGCAAGAAACCAAAGCAGAACCUGAACCCCACUUUUUUCACCAAAUAGAAGAAAACUUUCUAGAAAGUUAUGAUGGUGCUAGUUAUAGUUCUUCUGACAUAACUACUUUUCACUGUGGUAGUGGGACUAGUGAAGAAAAUUUUAACCAAGAGGGUAGCAGAGAGGAUUUCAGAUUGGAGUAUCAUUGUGCUAACAAUGUUGAUGAUGGUGAAAACAACCAGGUUUUUAAUGGAGAAUUUGAAGACUGCGAUGUUGGACUCACUGACUUCCAGUUUCUGGAUACUAUUGGGUCAUUAAGUCACUCUUACUCUUCGCCAUUUGAGAUAGCAGAGGAGAUGGUGGGGCCAAUGGUGGACGAGAAAUUUAAUGUGGAUGAUUCACUGUUACUUCGAGAAACUUUUAGAAUGAAGUAUGAACGUAAAUUCUCAGCUUGUCUUUACACCUUGAUUGGGGUGUCUGAGUGUUUGAGGCUACAAGUUGGACCAGAAAAUGGAAAUGAAUUCUAAUUUUUUUGAGGAUGGGUACUAUGAACUUUCCAUUACCAGAAUAACAAUAGCACAGAAAGGGGAAUAAAUGAAGAAGCAUAUCAAAUGGAAAGGUUUAGACUUACCAACAGGAAGAACAUAAUCUUCUUCCAUUCAUUUGGAGCUCUACUCAUGAAUUUUAUCCUACUAAGUCAGAAAAUAAAAUUGAAAUAGCAUAGAUCAUUCUUUAUUUAUAAAGGCUUGCAAGUUAGCCCAUAUUCUUAAAUUUCAAUAUAUAUAAAGCUAAUGUAGUAUCUCUACAAGCUCAUGAUCAUUAGUUUUCUAUCCUAUAAAUUUUUAAACCCUUCCUCUAGAUGUUACAAUGCCACUUUUCUGUAAUAUUUGGAAAUAACUCAAUAUUGCUUUUACCAAUCAAAAGAUCAUCACUAUUUUUGGCUAAAGAAAUGUGAAACAAUAUUUUGUAUUCUAUGAACUCCCUGAA